AUGAUACGUUUAACCCUUUCACUCUCACACAACACAAACCCACAAGAACCAACAGAAAACGGGAGAAAGACACCAGAACGAGAGAGAGGCACUGAAGCAAACAUGACUUUCCAUUACCUAACUGACAUAAACCUUACUUACUUGGACGAGAGAGAGAGAGAGGACCAAUUUACCUUCCUCCUGUACACCCACAAUGCAACAGUGAACACCACAGAUGACGGAGACUCGCUAUAUGAGGUGCCAACAGGAAUAGUGGUGCUACUGUCAAUCUUUUACGGUUCUAUAUCACUGGUGGCUGUAGUGGGGAAUGCAUUAGUCAUCGGGAUUGUAGUCACGUCAAGAAAAAUGCAUUCAGUCACUAAUUAUUUCAUAGCUAAUCUUGCACUAGCUGAUAUCAUAAUUGGCCUAUUCUCCAUACCUUUCAAUUUUCAAGCCGCGUUACUGCAAAGAUGGAACCUGCCAGAAUUCAUGUGUCCCUUUUCACCCUUUUUUCAAACUGUCAGCGUCAAUGUGUCCGUGUUCACCCUGACUGCAAUUGCGAUAGACAGGUACAGGGCGAUUGUUCACCCACUCAGCGUAAGACCAUCCAAAUUGCGGAGUAAGAUCGUGAUAGCGUUCAUCUGGCUGUUCUCCAUCACCCUAGCAGCCCCCAACGCUAUUGUUCUCAGGGUGCUGGAUGUAACUGACCCAAACACAGGAGAGACAGUACCAAGAUGUGAUGUGGUGGGGGUGGACCUGCUUCUAAUGCACACCUACUCUCACAUCAUGGUUGCCCUGCAGUUCUUUGCGCCUCUCUCUAUUAUUUCCUUCGCCUACUUGAGGAUGGCGUGGCAACUGUGGGGGGCAACGACGCCUGGGAAUGCUGAAGGCUGUAGAGACGCACACCUCCUGAAGAACAAGAAGAAAGUAAUCAAGAUGUUGUUUAUCGUAGUGGCGCUGUUUGCGUUCUGCUGGGCACCUUUGCAGACUUACCACAUCCUGAAGGAAAUACACCCUGACAUUAACUUAUACAGAUUCAUAAACAUCAUUUGGUUUUCCUGUCACUGGCUGGCAAUGAGUAACAGCUGUUGCAAUCCUUUCAUCUACGCUAUAUAUAAUGAAAAGUACAAGAGGGAGUUUCGCCGCAAAUUCAGGUGUUUUUUCAAGGAGGAAGCUGGAGAGGGCAGUGACUAUGAAAGGUCGAGGAACUACCUGUCUUUGAGGUUCACAAGGGAGCAACGAGGAGGAGGAGUAGUAGGAGGAGGAAGAGGAGUAGGAGGAGGAAGAGGAGGAGGAGGAGGAGGAGCAGGAGGAGGAGGAGGAGGAGGAGGAGGAGAACAGAGGUCCUUUAGAACGGAAGCUACAACUAUGAACGGUUCAGGCAGAUCAGUGAGGGCACAGGGAAGGGGGUAUUCGACCAACGAGGACCACGCCCCCCACGCCCCCCACUUCGCCCCCCUCAGCAGGAAGUUCACGUCUGCGCCCCCCUACUCUCCUCCCACCCCCACCCCCCCAUCCAGUGCAGGGGGAGGGGAGGCGACACGCAGUUUUAAAGGGGGAGAGGAGUGUAUCUCUCUCUCUCUCUCUCUCUCUCUCUCUCUCUCUCUCUCUCUCUCUCUCUCUCUCUCUCUCUCUCUCUCUUGAUAAAUAAAGAAAAUAUGAAAAGUAAGAUAUUCAAUGUAGAUACAGUAUUAGUAGUAGUAGUAGUAGUAGUAGUAGUAGUAGUAGUAGUAGUAGUAGUAGUAGUAGGUGGUGGUGAUGGUGGUUGAAAUAGGAGUCACGAUGUUAGCUGUAAAAUCUAUGUUCUCUGUGUGUGUGUGUGUGUGUGUGUGUGUGUGUGUGUGUGUGUGUGUGUGUGUGUGUGUGUGUGUGUGUGUGUGUGUAUUGCUUUGCUAAUGUAA